CGAGAGAGAGAGAGAGAACAAACCCUAGAAGAGAAAUGGGGUUGAGAAGAAGUUGAGGUGUGGGACUUGUUGGUUCUCAUAAGCAUCACAUCACCCACUGUUCCUACCUAUAAAGCUUGGUCUUCCCUUCAGCAAUUUUCCCAACAAUCAGAGACAGCUUCUAACUUUUUUCAACACUUUGGUUGGAGAGAGAGAGAGAGAGAGAUGGGUAGAGCUCCAUGCUGUGACAAGGCCAAUGUAAAGAAGGGUCCAUGGUCUCCUGAAGAAGAUGAAAAACUCAAGGCUUAUAUUGAGAAGUAUGGUACUGGAAAUAACUGGAUUGCUCUUCCCCAAAAGAUUGGGCUUAAGAGAUGUGGAAAGAGUUGUAGACUGAGAUGGCUCAACUACUUGAGACCCAACAUCAAGCAUGGUGGAUUCUCUGAAGAAGAAGACAACAUCAUCUGCAGUCUCUACAUUAGUAUUGGUAGCAGGUGGUCCAUAAUUGCUGCUCAAUUGCCUGGAAGAACAGAUAACGACGUCAAGAACUACUGGAACACAAGGCUGAAGAAGAAACUGCUCGGAAGACGCAAACAGUCCAACGUAAAUCGGCUAUCAUCAACAAGUCAUGAUCCAAAAGAUGAAAAUGGCAGCCUAGAUGACUCGUGUGAGCCGGUGUUGAGCAACUCAGCCCUAGAAAGACUUCAGCUCCAUAUGCAACUUCAAAGCUGCCAAAACCCUUUGUCUUUCUACAACAACCCUGCACUUUGGCCCAAGUUGCAGCCCCUCCAAGAAAAGCUUAUUCAAAGCCUCCAAUUCUUGAAUGAAAACACUAAUUACACUUUGAUGCAACAACAUGUCCUUCCUAGUACUCAACCUGGACAAGAAUACAAGAUCGAUUUCUAUGAACCACCCAAUACUUCUGUAAUAGACGGUUUAAAUAUCGACGAAUUGGAGAAUUCUUUAAACGCCUUCAAUGCUGGAAGCAAUCAAGUUGUCAUGGAACAAUCGAAUAAUGAAGGAAUUCAGGCAGUUUCAAUAUUCCAAGCUGAUCUUGAUGACCUUUUGCACAACAAAACAAUUGGGCUUCCACCACAGGAGGAGGAUCCAAUAGCAGAAUUCGAUUGUUUCAAAGCAAUGGAUAGUUCGAAGGACAGCAUGAUGUGGUGGUCUAACGAUUUUGAGUUGAAAUCAGCCUCCACAAACUCAUGGGAUUCUUCAAGUCCUGUCCUUCAGUCCCAUGGGAUGUGUCAAGAUUAUGGAUUAGGAUACAAUCUACAGUGACAAAAUGACAUAAGAUGUGUUGUAAUCUUCGUUAUGAGGUGAUGUAGUAUUUGUUACGUUUCAUCGAGUUGUUGGAGUUAUACACAAUAUGGUGAAGUCAUAAUUCCGAGCACAUCAAAUCGUAACUUUUGAGCAAAUCAUGACGUAUCCAAAAGUGGCCUGAACUAGAGAUUUUUGGUGUGUAAAAUUAUUUCAAGCUCAUAAGAAAAGAAAGGGAAGAUGAAAAAGUUGAUCAAUGGUGUUGUAAAAUGUGUGAAAAAUGUAAUAAUGCUAUGUCCUUAAUGUCUAGAAAAAUAUAUACUUCCUA